ACCGCCAUUCGAGGGGGAGGCUUAAUAUAAAGAAAACGCAAGAAUGAAACCCCCCCCCCACGCAUUACUGUGUGCUUCUUCUCUUUCAAUGUCACCUCGAGUUUCAUAAGCUUCCGAAGCGCACCCUUUAAACGUUGCUUCCAAAGCCUUAAACCCUCUGCCGCUCUCUCUCUCUCUCUCUCUCUCUCCUCGCCGUGAUCGCAAUUCGGUCGCCGAUCGCUCCGUUCUUGGACGACCCUCGUUUCCUUUCCCGUCCAAGAGGCCGGGGAUUGCAUCGUUCUUGAAGUUGUUUACGCUUCGACGGGUGGGUGGCCUUCUUGUUCUUGCUCUGCAGCUGCAGGGAUCUUUUGCUGGGGGGGUUGGUUCUUUUUUAUACACCGGUUUUUCCUUUUCUGGGGAGUCUUGUCGGGGUCGAGGAUGGGCAGCUGGAGGGGACAGAAGGGUUAUCCUCGUCAUCAGGGCGCUCCGGGGACCAGAUCGUUGGCAAGAAAGCCGCCGCUCGGCAGUUGGCAGCCAACCGUGCCAUCUUGGGAGAAGAAAUUCUGCAAAUCGGUUGGCUCAGUUUCCUGGCACAGGCUCUUGGAUGCGAAGAAGUACUUGCACAUACAUGACAAAGUAGUUAAAUGGAACGACUCAGCAGUUGAGGAGGCGUUUCACAACGCAAAGGAAAGGUAUUGGGCAGAAAUCAAUGGGCUUCCAUGUAGCAUCUCUUUGCCUGAUCCAAAUAUCCAUAUAGACGAAGUAGAUUGGGAAUCCGAAACGGACCCUGAACUGCUUUUGGACUUGGAGCGAGGACCUGAGGCUUUCUAUGGCAGUAAUAGUGGUCAAACGGUUAUCUUUGGCAAUGUCUUAGCUGAUCCAGCCUUUGCAUGUGAUGGAUGGGGAGAUGUCGAAGAGGAAUGGCCAAAGGAUGAGGCAUCUUGGAAGGUCAUUGAUGAUUGUGUGGGUGGGGAAAAUGUUUAUGGAGCUGAUCCUGUGGAGCAAGUCGCAGCUGAUGCUGAUGCUCUUUGGGGAUUGAAGCAGGGCCAUUUUCAGGACUGGAAUCAGGGGGUUGGUACACAAGAGGAUUUUAAUGUGAAAGACAAAGACAGGACCGUCAACAAUUGGGACACCUGGGAUUGGGAUAAGAUGAAUGGAGAAGUCGAACCUGCAGGGUGCGAAAAUACACAUGGAGUUGAUUCUGCGGAUCGAGUUGCAGCUGAUCGUGACCCUUUUUGGGGUUCGAAGCAGGACUGUUCUCAGGGGUGGACUCAGGUGGUCAGUGCUCAAGAAAAUCGUGAUGUAAAAGAUUAUCAUAAGUUGGAGAACGGCGGUGAUAGAAUUGGUAAUAACUGGGACUCAGGGGAUUGGCACAACGUGAAUAGAGAACUCAAACACAUUGGGUGCGGAAAGACGUAUGGAUCUGAUCCUGUGGAGCGAAUCGCAGCUGAUGGGGACCCUAUUUGGGUUUCAAAGCAGACCCAUUCUCAGGAGUGGGAUCAGUGGGUUAGUACUCAAGAUAACAGGCAAUUCAUAGCCUGUGACAAUUGGGAUACAUGGGACUGGGAUAAGAUGAAUAGAGAACACGAACCUGAUAGACAAUAUAUCCCGAGACACAAGCGCGCAGGAUUUGGCAGGAAUGACAAGCGAAUGAGGUAUGGAUGGAACCCUGGGAAAGGGAUGAAGCAGAAUAAUUUUGUGUAUUGAUAUUUGUGCUGCAGUAUGCGUCUUAUAGUCUUUUAUUCUUUGAGAUCCAUUACUCCUCUGUAACGUGGAUAAACAGGGGUCAGGCAACCGUUUUUGUUUGCGAUAAUUAGCAUUAUUUUGUUGGGCUGUAUAUGUCAUUCUGUGUAUUUCGCAUCAAGAUUGUUAGGGCAGAGCCGAGUCUGUUUGGCGGUACCUAAGUAAUUCAUGUUGUGUUCGCAAUUUUGUCCGACUGGUCUAGAAGAUUCUUCAAAGUCUAAGCGUUGAUUACUUCCUAUUGCCCUUUGUAGUUUCUUUGCUGUAAUUCAUCAAUUAUGAAGAAUAAGCAAAGAGCAGUUACUACA